AUGAAAACUUUGCUGCAUUACUUGUUCCUCCUCUGCUUCAAUAUCCUCCUCCCUGCAGUUCACAGCCAGUGUAUUAAAGACCAGCAACAAUCGUUGCUCCAUUUGAAGAAAAGCCUUCAAUUUGAAUUUGAUCCAUCAUAUUCAACCCGGCUCAAAUCUUGGAAUUCAAGCACCAACUGUUGUUCUUGGGCUGGUGUUAAUUGCACUAGCAAUGGGCAUGUUGUUGGUCUUGACCUUAGCUUCGAAACUAUCUCCGAUCCAAUUCCAGGAUCCUUUGCCAACUUUCCAAACUUGAGGGAGUUGGACUUGAGAGGGAACGACAUCUCUUAUAUUCCAGGUUCCUUUGCCAACUUUUCAAACCUGAGGGUGUUGCACUUGAGCCGGAACAUGAUCUCCGAUGCAAUUCCAGGUUCCUUUGCCAACUUUCCAAACCUGAGGGAGUUGGACUUGAGCUGGAACAACAUCUCCGGUCCAAUUCCAGGAUCCUUUGCCAACUUUUCAAACCUGAGGGUGUUGGACUUGAGACGGAACUACAUCUCCAGUCUAAUUCCAGGUUCUUUUGCAACCUUUCCAAACCUGAGGGAGUUGGACUUAAGCUGGAACAGCAUCUCCAGUCCAACUCCAGGAUCCUUUGCCAACUUUUCAAACCUGAGGGUGUUGGACUUGAGGGCGAAUGACAUCUCCGGUCCAAUUCCAAGAUCUUUUGCCAACUUUCCAAACCUGAGGGAGUUGGACUUGAGUUACAACCCCAUCUUCGAUCCAAUUCCAGGAUUCUUUGCCAAUUUUUCAAAGUUGACUUCCUUGAGUCUUAGUGGUUGUCAGUUGAAUGGAACAUUUCCCACAGAGAUCUUUCAGGUACCUACUUUACAAACUAUUGACCUUUCGGGUAAUUUUAAACUUGGUGGUUUCUUGCCAGAAUUUCCCAAGAAUAAUGGAUCUCUUUGGUCGUUGAUUCUACGUGAGACAAACUUUUCAGGGUCACUACCUGAAUCAAUUGGCAACCUCAAAAUGUUGUCCACGAUAGAUCUUUUCAAAUGCAAUUUUACUGGAUCAAUCCCGUCGUCACUCUUUUCUCUUCCCUUAUUGUCACAACUAAACCUUUCCCACAAUCAAUUUUCUGGUGAACUUGCAUUUUCUAAUGUCUCUUCCAAAUUAGUUACCCUUGAUUUAAGCUUCAACAAUUUGGAAGGACAAAUAUCGGUGUCUAUAUUUAAUUUUCAAAGCCUUCAAUCACUUCGUCUUUCUUCUAACAAUUUCAGUGCCUUUCCGUUCAAUGGCCCUCAACAGCUGAAAUAUCUUACAAACAUCGAUCUUUCAAACAAUAGCUUGCUGAGUUUAUACAAUGGUACUGAUUCCUCAUAUUCCUCAUUUCCCCAAAUUGUUUCAUUGAAUUUGGCUGCUAACAAAUUAAGAACAAUCCCAUAUUUCUUGAGAAAUCAAUCCACAUUAUCAAGUGUGGACCUUUCAGAAAACCAUAUCCAGGGCAAGAUACCCCAUUGGAUUUGGAGUUCCAAUCAACUUGAUACCUUAAAUCUUUCUUGUAACUCCUUGGUUACUCUGGAACCUCCUUUAUACAAUUCUACAGUGCAAACUGUUGACCUUCAUUCAAAUCAACUUCAGGGACAAAUCCCCACUUUCCUACCUGUUUCCCUCUUUUCGGCCGGGUAG